AUGGCUUCAGGUUUAGAGACUAUUAAUGUGCCGCAUUUAACGUCUUUGCCGGUUCACGUGGCUCUAUAUCGCGAUGUGCAAAACGCCGCCUUCUUGAAAUCACAGCUUCUUGCUGGCAAUGCCGAGUUCGAAUAUGCUCUCAUUGAUGCAAGCAUGAUUUCGAGUCCUGAUAUUGACACCCUACAUCAGGUUCUUUCCAGGGCACAUGCCACUGCUGCGAUCUUCAGAGCAGCUAAUGAUUAUAUGCACAAUCGACUGAAAUCUCGUAAUGUGCAUUCUGAGAUUGUAUUCUCGUUCAACUCCACCAAUAAUAUUGCCGAGUCAUUCCGCAGAUUUGGCAUUGCCGAUACAACUAAAGAUCUCUUGGUGGUCAAGGUCUCUGUCUCCCCAGAGAUAACACAUGAGUCUGUUGCCGCCCAUCUUAGCGCUACCGUUCAAGGGACUUCUGUUCCUUUCGAUGAUCAGACACUUGCGGAAGUCUCCGAUAUCAACAAAAUCAAGAAAGUCUACAAGCUGGGGGCUUUGCCUUCACCCCCUAAGGCAACAGAUCAAUCCAAUGGCACCAAUGAUGAAUUGAAACAACGUCUUGAAAACGCCCUACUGGCAGCAAUUGCCUUGAGAGGAUCAUGA